UGGAGUAGGCCCAGCUACUUUCUCUCGCAGAUGUGGCACUGGCAGCGAGACGUUUACACGCCUGAACUUCUGCGCGCGCGGCCCACAUCUGGAAACGUUGCAUCACAGCAGCAGCAAAUGUCCCGGAUAAGGCAGAAGCAGAGACUCGAUUUUUUUUUCUGUCGGCAGAAGCAAACAAACUCGGCUGCAAAAAGAGCGAGGGCUGCGACACUGUCACUUUUUUUAUUUGGGUGAAAUCGCUGCUUUAAAUGUAAUGUGAUCUCCAGAAUGGACGGGAAGAGAGUCUAACUGGUUGGUACGUGGAAAAAUACUUCGGAAGAUCUCAUCGUGGAAAGUGAGAAGUUGAAGCGGAACACAUAGGCUAAAGUGAUACUGCUUUGACCGUGAAGGAGUGGCACGCAGGCAUCUAUCCUGCGACAGCGGGUGAUGAAAACUUGAGUAGAGUUGAUAUCGAAGGCACAGAGGUUAACACUGAAGAGAGAUGCCGGGUCCCCCUCCACCUGCCCCCCCACCCCCUCCUACAUUUGCUGUGGCAAACACAGAAAAACCCUCUCUAAAUCGCAAUGAGCAGCAGGGGAGGAAUGCUCUCCUCUCAGACAUCUCCAAGGGAGCACGGCUCAAAAAGGCCGUCACCAAUGACAGGAGCCAACCUAUACUAGACAAACCCAAAGGAGGUGGUGGAGGAGGAGGUGGAGGAGGAGGAGGUGGUGGAGGAGGAGGAGGUGGAGGAGGAGGAGGUGGAGGAGGAGGAGGAGGAGGAGGUUUCGGCGGUGGUGCUGCUGGUGGUCUGGGCGGGCUGUUCCAGGGCGGGAUGCCAAAACUACGCUCGGCCACAAACAGAGAGAGCAAUGACUCUGGAUCUGCUCGGCCUCCUCUUCUGCCCCCUGGUGGCCGCUCCGCUGGACCGCGGCCGUUUGGUGGAGGUGGAGGAGGAGGUGGAGGAGGUGGUGGUGAUGCCGGCCCUCCCCCUCGCCUGCCUGUGCCCAAGAGCGGUGUGAUGGACAGCCCUCGCUCCCGCGGCCCCCCCUCUCGCCCCGACACCCGGGGCCCCCCGUCCCCAACACCCCUGCGGCCUGGCGUGGUAGGCUCUCCACUCUCCCGCUGGGGACCACCUCCUCUGCCCGGUGGAGGACGCCCCACUUCCUCCACUCCCACGCCUCCCCGAUGUCGCCAUGGCGUGCGGCCCCCUCCCCUGUCGGCCCCUCGUCGGGUUCGGCCUCAGCCCUCCCCCCCCCCCCCCUCCAGCCGCCCCCCCUUACCCCCCGCGCCCAGACCAGGGUCCGAGGCCCCCCCCCUGGGCAACAGACCCUCUCUGCCGCUCCCGCGGGACGGUGCGCCUCCUCCGCCGUCCUUCAACAGCAAGCCCCCCCCUCCUCCAUCCAUCCCGUCCCGGCCCUGGAGGUGGAGGUGGGUAGUGCCCCCUCCCUCUGCCCCCGGGCGCCCAGGACCGCCCCCACUGCCCCCCGCCUGCCUCGGCACCGCUGAUGACACCCCGCGGCUGCCCCAGAGGAACCUGUCACUCAACUCUGCCCCCGCCCCACCUCCGGUCCGCUCGGGCCCUCUACCCCCGCCCCCCAGUGAGAGGCCGCCGCCCCUGGGCAGGAACUCCUCCUCACGCUCAGGUCCUCUCCCGCCCCCUCCCCCAUCGGGGCGCCCCCCCGGGGGUAGCAUCAGGUCGGCGGGGGCCCCCUCCAGUCCGAGCCGCCCCCCAGGAGAGACCCGUGGCAGCUCCGCCCACAGACCCCCCCUCCCCCCGGACAGAGCUGCAGGUGGAGGUGCACCAACCCCCCCUCCACCCAUGGGCAACGGCUUCCAGAACCAUCACCAACAUGCGGAUGAGUGGGAAUCCCGCUUCACCUUCCGCCCCAUGUCCGAGCUCCCGCCCCCCGAGCCCUACGUUCCCUUCCAGAAGACCUAUCCCAGCAAGAUGGCCAAGAGUGACGGACGAGGAUCAGGCAAAAAGGAGAGGGGUGCCCCUCCACUGCCCCCUAUCCCCAGGUGAAGAUGACCGCCGUUUACCCUGGAACAUCCCCCAAUCCACCUAUAACUCUCUCUCUCUCUCUCUCUUUCUCUCUCUCUCUCUCUCUCUCUCUCUCUUCUCUCUCUCUCUCU